AAUAAACAAAACAAGCACCCUAGUAUAGUACACAUGGUGAAACCGGCCAUUACCAGAGUUGAUUCUUCUUCUUCUUCCUCUUCUUCUCCCACUUCUUGCAAUGACUCAUUCUCCACCAACAAUUCCAGUGCCGCCUGUAAGAUGUACAAAGGAGUGAGGAAGAGAAAAUGGGGGAAAUGGGUGUCUGAAAUUCGGCUUCCAAACAGCCGUGAGCGUAUAUGGUUGGGCUCUUACGACACGCAAGUGAAGGCAGCAAGAGCCUUUGAUGCUGCUCUCUAUUGCCUGCGUGGGAAGGGUGCCAGUUUCAACUUCCCCGACACGCCUCAUCUCUUCGAAAUGGAGUCGCUCAAGAUACCCUGCAGCCACCAAGAGAUCCAGGAGGUGGCGGCCAAGUUUGCGAACAAGGUGGUGGAGAUUUUGGCAGAAGAAGAAGAAGAAGAUGGAGAAGUUGGAGUUCAGAGUGAGUCUAUGUCUGACCACACCACACACACAGAAACAAACACGACCUUUCCUAUUUAUGAUGGUGGGACAAACAAUGAUGUUCGAGUGGACCAAGACACCAUGGAUUGGACAUUUAUGAACAUGUUGGAUGACUUGAAUGGCUCCGAUUUUGGCCUCUAUUUUGAAGCAGAGAAGGGUGAGUUUUUGUGCCCCACAACACACACUCCACUACUCUUUCACAAUGGAGAUGAGAUUGAAGUUGAUGAUCAUGAUCAUGAUGCUUUUUCUAACCACUCUUUUCUUUGGAGUUGGAACUUUUGAUUGAAUUCACCUCUUGCAACCCAUCACCACCAACAAACAAAGCCUCUCUAU